CACCGCAUACAUCCAGGCAAGACGAUGUAGCGCAAUAUCUGUGUUGAACGGUUUUUGAUCCCUUCAUCAUGGAGAACAGUAUCCAUUCUUCAUCCGGUUUGCGAUCCUCUGCUCUGUGCUGCCAACGACGUCCACUUGUUGCUCACAUGUGUAGUGCUGCUGAGCGGGUUGUCACAUUCGGACAUACAUCGGCGAGUACCGUAAAAGCCCGUAAUAAGUAUGUCAAUGCACUUGCCAGCACUGCAACCCCUGUAUCUGCCUCUGGGCUAGGCAGUUGACCAUUGGCAUUGAUUGCACGGCCAGCAGCACCUCGGUGUCAAGACAUUGCAGAUGCAGUGAACUGACGGUGGCCAAGAACUCGAAAGCCCUUCUCUGAUAGACCCAUAACCCAUUGCUGAAGAGAUCUUUUACUCCAUCUCGCCCGACCUGGAGCGCCACUUUUUUGACGGUCGGCUCCCUGACUAGUUCGAAGGUAGUAGCUUCCAGCUCGAAGGACAACAGAAUGCUGUAGCGAGGAAGCAAGUGGCGCUCUGGGAGAAGAAAGCGGAGAUGGCCAAAGACCCGUCACUUCCUCCGGAGGUGAAGAAGUUCCUUGUUGACCGUGCGGACAAGUGUUUGUGUAUGCUGGCUGAAAGAAGAGAUACACUUGCCGUGGCAUCAUCGCCGUUCGGCACUAUCGAGCCGGCUGUGGGUCUGGCCGAGUUAUGGAAGCUGUGCUGCCAGUAUGUCGGUGCUGGGCAUUCGGAUGUGAUCCUGCGUGCUGCUCGGAUGUGCGACACUCUGCAGAGCGAAGAUGGGCUUGUUCGUGUUCUAAGUCACUUCUGUCAGGAGAAACAGUGUGGCACUUCUGAGCGGACAUUGAAGGUUUCCAUCAUGUCACCUCUUAUGGCAAGGGAAAGAUGCCAGCAGUACCCGCGUCCAUUGUGGUGCUUCCUGCUGCUCAAGCACUUCUUUAUCAUCAAGGGAAGGGCAUAGAUGUUAGCAAUCAAAUCGGUGCUUUGCCAGCUAUCGACUCGAGCGACUGGAGCUGGAUUGCUCCUGCGGUUUCUUCUCCUGCCAGCGUCCCGGCCAUACAACCUGCUGCUGCCAGCAUCUCGACGGCCAUGCUGCCUGCUCUAUCAGGCAUGGGUAUGCCACCAGCUAGCGGGGGUAUGCCACCAGCUAGCGGGGGUAUGCCACCAGCUAGCGGGGGUAUGCCACCAGCUAGCGGGGGUAUGCCACCAGCUAGCG